UCAUGAUACUGACUAUUGUAUCUCUCUGGAGCCAUAGAUACUGUACUGGAGCAUAUCACUCAGAUCAGAGUGGACACAGCUGCAGAAGGAGCCCCACCCCCUUAUGAUGUCAUAACUAGACGGUACACAUGGUGAACAGCUUCAACAUGGCAACAGCAAAACUACCCUCUACUACCCCAACAACAAACUACGUCCUCAGACCUCGUUCCCUAUCCAGAAAGCUCCUCCAUUAUUCGCUACACCUACCAACCCUCACCAAAGCUCUCAUCCUCCUCGCCAUCGUCCUAGUGGGCUCUACCAUUUAUGCACUGGACCUCAGCCCGGAAUCGGCAUUUUCAGAUCGCCACAACCCUGUCAAUGUGUACCUGGUUAAAUACAGUUGGGGGUGGACCCUACUAAUCAUAACACCAGCUGUAAUAUUAUCAUCCUCACUCUAUAACGGUCUCAACAUAACCAACAUUUUCCGUCAUUUAAGUCGAUUAGUGGUCUCUCAUGUUAUCUGGUUCUCUGUGACUAGUUUGAUUGUGUUAUUGGACAGCAGUGUGGGCAGUUGUGCAGUCAAUGAAGUAACUGGCCGACACGAGUGCCUCAAGAAAGGUCACCUCUGGUUGGGUUUCGAUAUUUCCGGACAUGUGUUUUUGCUCACUUACUGCAUAUACGUUAUCUCCGAGGAAUGUGCUAAUAUAAAACUAGAGAUUUGGUACGAAUUUCCCGAAUUCUUAUCACAUGAAAAUGCCGUUACCAAUAAACUGAGUCAGAAUACCAAAGACACACUUUUGCUGAUACACCAGAUUAGUAGUUGGAUUAUAGAGCCUCUGGAGCUACUCUGCCUCGCGCUGGUGUUGGUCUGGGCCGUGAUGGUGGUCUCAACUAGCCUGUAUUUUCAUACGUUUGCAGAGAAGGUUUUGGGCUACCUCUGUGCUCUGUUGUCAUGGCAUUGUACAUACAACUGGUUGUAUGGACGGAGCAAGUAUCUACCAUGCCGACCAGAUGAUGGGUAUCUACACCCACUGAGAGCAUUGUAGUGAACUAUCAUGUUCGAACUUAUAUAUUAUUAUAUAGGCUUAUUAUUUUGGGUUAACUUUAUUUAUUUUGAAUACCUUGACUACAAUUGUUUAUUUUCUCAGUGCAUUUA